GGACUGUACUCCCAUAAAGUCCUUCAUUCUUCGCGACUAUUCAUCGCGUGGACCACCUCUUGCUUUCGUUUGUUUUUAUCUAGCCUGCUACUACUCUCUAUAUUGUCAUGCCUCCUCCCGCGAAGCCGAAGCCGUCACACAAGUUGGAGUUGACUACUAACAGUCUCCGUAACACCACAUUUGCUGCGGACGACGACACAAUCUAUUAUGAGGUCGUAACACGAUACUGGCACCCAAAUCUCACAAAGAUCAACAAGACCGACAUGGAGACUCGCGAAGUCACUGUUGCGGCAGAGAUCGAACGACCGCGUGGUCGUGAGCCUCGCGUGCGAUUCGGUGGAGACAAGGGCGAAUGGAUGUCUGCUAGCGACUUUGUCAAGUUCGACCAGGAGAAAAUUGACGGUACAUUCGUCGCUAAUGCGAAUGUUGCUUACAAGUGGCGGACGAAGAAAGGUCGUCUUCAGCUCGUCAAGGCCGAUGAGGAGGAUCCAGAGCCUCUCGCCGAGUUUCAUCCGCACAAACGGCAUUUCCUCGUCUUCCGAAUGGCGAAGCAUGCGUACCUAGAAGUCAAGCCCAUCCCCGAAGUUACGAGCGCGUUGGAAAGGUUGAUCGUGAGUUACCUUUUGGUUGAGAGGAAACGGAGAGAUGCCCGCCUUCGAGUUAAAGUUGAGAGGUCGUGAUCUACCUAUGUCUUUACCUCUUCCCGCCUUCCACUUAUACUAUGUUGAUGUUCAUCAUUGUCUCAAUAUCCUACUUGCACUCUCUACUACAUAGAAUCCUAAGCUUUGAACUGGGUUUGAACU